AUGACGUGGAACUACCGGUACGGCGUGUUGGACGAGGAACAAGAGAGGCUCGGGUUCGGCGCGUACCACACGGUGGAGCUCAACGGCGUGUUUGGCCCCAACAACACGGACGGCGCGCCGCCCAAGAGCUACAGGACGGAUAACGCCGCCAUCGUGCCCGUGACGAUGGCGUACUGGGUCCGGUUCGUACGGUCGCUCGACCCCAACGCGGCGGCGACGGCGGCGGGAGCCAAGGUGGCGCAGGUGAACGCCGCCGACACCCCCGAGUGGAUGCCCUGGACGGUAGACACCAGGCAGAGGCUCGUCUUCGAGACGGGCAAUACCAGGAUGGAGGAGAUGCCGCAGACGCAGCAGGACAACUGCGCGAUGCUGGACCCGAUGAUGGUUGCCAUCGAGACGCCGUCCCAAGAGAGCGGAUCGGUGCAGCUGGCGCGGGUCGGGGAUGCUGUCACGGUUGUGGAGGAGGCGGAGGCCGAGGGCCCGUCGCUGCAGAGCGGUGGUGUGGCCGUGGCUGCAGGAGGGCAGAUUCUCGGGCUUGGGGCGUGCCUUGCCUUUGCCUUGCUCCUCGCGUAA